CAGCGGUGAGUGAGUCUGAGUUCAGACGCUGAGGUUGGACAGAUGCACAGAUACCCCGCCCUGAAGGCUGUCUUCUUCCUGUUCAGCAGCCCCUUCAGGUCGCAGACCCUUUCCAGGUAAGUCCUCUUACAGUUCUGUCAUGGCAUCUGAUGCGUCCACUCCAGGUGAGAAGGAAGUGAAAGUGAGGAGGAAGAGGAGGGAGCGGGAGAUGAGGACGAAGGCCUCAGUGGUGUCUAAGGUUCAGACGGUGGACAUCGAGGAGUUAACAUCUGCUGGUCAUCAAGCUCUGCAGGAGGGACGGACUGAAAAUGCUCUGAGCAGCUUUAAAAACGCUCUGAAGGCUGCAGAAGAGCUGCAGGACUCCCGGGUCCUCAGAGCCUGUUCCUUUAACCUGGGAGCAGCCUACGUGGAGGUGGGAAGACCGCAGAAAGGUCUGGACUUCCUGCGGCGGGUUUGCCCCGGUCCAAGGGGUGACCGGCUCCCAGACCUCCAGUUCAACCUCGCACUGGCCCAAAAUGCACUGGGGCAGAGCCGAGAAGCCGCCGCCUACUUUCUGCGGGCCGCACAGCUGUACAGAUCACAGGGAGACAGAGGCAACGAGGGAGACGCCUGCAUGGAGAUGAGCAGCUGCUACAGCAGAAUGCAGGACUGGUCUCUGGCAGUUCACGGUCUCCUGCGGGCAGCCGAGAGUUACAAAGUGGCAGCCAUGUUGGAUUUUGCAGCCACUGCCCUGAAAGAGGCGGGAAAUUUCAUGAUCCAGUCGGAUCAGUUUAGCCAUGAUGACAUCAUCAGCGUGCUGACAGAGUGUCUGAGUUUGAAGGACAGCAUCACCGACCCGAGGACUCUGGGUGAGCUGUACCUGUCGGUAGGCGUGUCUUACUGCUGGCUCAGGUGUUUCAAUGAGGCAGUGCAGUGUUUCCAGCAGGCUAUGGGCCCUGCAGCUCAGUGGCCCCCCCUGCGGGCCAAAGUGUUGCACAACUUGGGAGCUGCUCUGAACUCUGUGGGCCAGUUCCCUUCUGCUGUGGGAUACCACAGGCUGGCUGCUGGACUCUACGGCUCUCUAGGUUGCCGUGCCGACCAGGCUCGUUGUUUCAGUAACCUGGCGUUUGCCUGUAGUCAGCUGGGUGAUGAAGAGGAGGCAGCAGAGAGCUUCAUCCAUGCUCUGCAGGGAUUCAGAGACACCGAGGACCACCUGGCUCAGGUCCAGGUGUGUGAGUCUUUAGCAGAGUGUUACCUGAAGCAGAGGAAGCAGCAGAAAGCUGUUGAACUCUACAAGCAGGCUCUGAGCACUCUGUCUCACUGCAAGGACAGUUCUCGUAGUGUUCGGGAUCGUCUGGUGGAGGGACUGACUGCAGCACUGCAGCAGAGUCUGGCCAUCGGCCUGCAGAGGCCAUGCCCACUAGGACCACGACCACCCAGACCACACCCACAAGGCUCACCUGUCAAACAGCGUGUCAGGAAGUCUGACAUCACACAGAGUCCGGGCAGAGCGUCCAACCAGCAGCAAGAUGAGCAGAGGGGGGAGGGGCCAGGAGUAGAUGCCACAGGUAGACAGGAAGCAGCGGAGCACUGUGGGUCAGCAGGGGGUGGAGCCACUGAGGGACCUGAAUACAUGAGCAUGGCACCUGGACUGCACAGUUCGUACCAGUCAGACCAGUCAGACCAACAGCAGCACACUGAGCUGUGGUCCGACAGAGAGAACACUCGCACUGACAGUGAGACCUCACUGGUCCGGGAGACCGAGGCGCCGCUCACCAGCCCAGGCGACAUCAGAGAGGUGACGCCCCCUGUGGGCAGCUGGAGGUCUCGGUUCUGUUCACUGAUGUAG